AUGGUAUUCAAAAAACACAUCAAUCGCACAAGCUCGCGAACGCAUGUCCCACGGAACGGCAUCGACAAGGAACCACGGAACGUGCCACAUUUUCUGCGUGUGCAGGCUGGAGUCGUCCUCUACAUUUGCCUGUGCGGUUUCGAGCCGUUUUUCGGGGUGACGGAGAAGGAUGUCAUCGCGGCCAACAAGGAGGCGGUAUUCGAGUUCCCCCCGGAGGCGUGGGAUGACGUUUCCGAGGGGGCUAAGGAUCUGAUCCGCCAGAUGAUGGAACCGGACCCUGCUAGGCGUAUUACGCCUCACGAAGCUCUUCGGCACUCUUGGAUAGUGCAACAUCGAACAUCGCUACACUAG